AUGAGACUAAUCGUGCAGCAGGUUGGAGGAGCCAUUCGGGACGACUUACCCCAACCCGUCAAUGGUGAAUUCACCUCUGUAGCCGAUGAAACAGGAUAUACAACCACGACACCGGAAACUUGGAAUAGACGGCUGGGACAAGGAGAAUCCCCUCUUUGCCUUUGCAGCCGCCCUACUCAAACUCAAUCUACGCCAACGCUUGAAGAACAGCGAACCACCAACGAACGUACUACACAAAGUCUGUCCACAGUGCUGGCUGUUGCCGGUAGUGGAAACAAUCGUGUAGUAGUUUCGGCAAUGGCUGGCACUGUGGGACAAGACGUCCCACAGGUCAGUAAUCACUAUACUCCAAUGCAAACAGGUACUGCUUUGCCCAAUACCCUUUCAGAUGUCCGCCAUUACGCAGCAAAACUACCAUCCGAAGAAAACUCUUCAAGGACCAGUCGGAUAAACAUUACACAAAGCAUCUCCCCAGUGCCGGUCGUUGUCGGUAUUGGUGAUACUAGUGUAAUGGGUUCGACAUCGGCUGGCACUGUGGGGCAAAUCGUCCCACAGGCAAGUUCUCAUGUUCACCACAAAUCUGUUGAGGUUACUGCCGCAUCUUCCUUUUUCACAGCUGGUCGAUCUACCCAUACAGCAGGAACACGGAGCUCAUCAGUCUCAUCAGCGUCGCCCACCAUUCGAUCAACCCUGGACAGUCACACUGAUGGCUGUUUCGCACUGCAGUGGAACCUGCGUGGACUCAGAGCCAAUAUCAGUGAAUUAAAGCUCCUUAUAACCGACCUCGAACCGUGUGUAAUUGCACUGCAAGAGACCAAGGUGAAUCAGAUCGUUGCACCACCGAACUUCCUUGGCAGCAACUACACACUACUCUUAGAAUCAAACAACGUGCAUUACUGGCAACACGGGGGUAACUUCAAUGCGCAUGAUCUAGCGUGUGGUUCGUUAUCGUCAACUGUGCUGACAUUAGACAAGGAACUUGUGAUUCUUAACAACGGUUCUCCUACUCGAAUUGAUCCGGUCACGGGUAAUACUUCAGCAAUCGACCUAACUCUAUGCUCAGCUCGGUUGGCUGGUAGGUUUACUUGGCGAACCCUGUCAGACACGCACAACAACGACCACUUUCCGAUAGCCAUGUUCAUACCCGGUUGGUCGUGCUUCCGAAUAGCGCGACAAAAAUGGCUGUACGAUCGCGCUGAUUGGCCGUUGUAUGAAUGUAUAACUGCUCAAACUAUCCGUCCAGACGUUGAGUGGAACGUGGAAAGCUUCACCGAAAAGAUAAUCGCAGCGGCAACUCGUGCCAUACCACGAUCCAGCGGCCGAGAAGCCAGAGCAGUGGCACGAAAAGUGGUCAAACAAGCAAAGGAGCAAUCAUGGGAAAAGUUCGUGGAAAGAAUCACACCCAGCAGUACGACGACCGAACUGUGGCGAACGGUUAAUACUCUGCGAGGCAGCCGACAACAGCGAUCCGUUGUAAUCAAAAGCGCGGAUGGAUUUACAAACAACCCCGAAGAAGUUGCUGAAGAAUUGGCCGAAUAUUACAGCAAGAGGUCUGCUACCUCCAGCUACCCCUUAUUUUUCCAAAAGGCAAAGGUAGUAGCUGAGCGAAAGCCCAUAAAUUAUUCGCCAAACACUGAUGAUGUGUACAACGCCGACAUCUCCCUUAACGAGCUCCUGUGGGCUCUUGAUAAAGGACGAAGUACUUCAACAGGACCUGAUUCGGUUGGGUACCCCUUGCUUCAACGUCUUCCGCCAUCCGUAAAAAUCAUCCUCCUCGAGCUUCUUAAUAAGAUCUGGUCCGAAGGCGAAUUCCCAACUAGCUGGCGAAAUGCCAUCAUCGUUCCCAUACCAAAAUCAAACUGCAGCGACAGCGGACCUGCUGCGUUUCGUCCAAUCUCGCUCACCAGCUGCAUGGCGAAACUGUUUGAACGGAUUAUAAACCGCCGGUUGAUCACCGAACUGGAGUCGACGGGUCGUCUUGACAAGCGUCAGCAUGCUUUUCGUGCCGGCCGAGGGGCUGACUCCUACUUUGCUGAGUUGGAAAAGUAUCUACCAACCGCUGAUGAACAUGCUUUAGUGGCUUCCUUGGAUCUUUCCAAAGCCUACGAUACCACUUGGAAAUAUGGAAUUUUACGCAGCUUGAAGUCUUGGCGGAUACGUGGUCGUAUGAUAAAUCUGCUUAAAAGUUUUCUUACGAAAAGAACGUUCCAAGUAUCCGUAGAGAGACACUUGUCUCGCGAGCAUCCACUAGAAAACGGAGUACCACAAGGUUCAGUUCUAUCAGUGACACUGUUCCUCAUCGCAAUGCAACCCAUUUUCCGAGUUAUACCAACAAAAGUCAACAUAUUGUUGUACGCGGACGAUAUUCUCCUCGUAGUACAUGGCAAGAAAAACGAGGGGCUACACCGAAAACUACAUGCCGCUGUCAAUGCUGUCAACAAAUGGGCUAGAAGCGUUGGUUUCACCAUAUCGCCAUCGAAGUCACAUAUUUUCUACUGCAGCCCAAAUGCACGCCGAGAACCUUCGUCGCAAAUUUCCAUCGAUCGAGUCCCCAUCCCAAGAACUAAUCGGUUAAGAAUCUUAGGUGUAACCCUAGAUCGAACCUUGACGUUCAAGCCUCAUUGCCGAAAUGUGAAGGAAGCCUGCGAAUCUCGGUUGAGAAUUCUGCAGAUGAUCGGAGCCAAACUCCCACGUGGCAAUCGUCUUUCCCUGCUGCAGGUUGGAUCUGCACUAGUAACCGCAAAAUUGAUCUAUGGUAUUGGACUAGUGAGUAGAGCAGGGCCUUCUACUCUGCAAACCCUCGCCCCCGCUUACAAUAAAAUGGUCCGCUAUGCCUCUGGAGCAUUCGUUACUAGCCCUAUAAAUUCGGUAAUGGCCGAGGCGGGUACAUUGCCCUUCGAACUGCUCGCUACACAGGCCACAGCUCGGACGGCUAUUCGACUACAGUCCAAAAAUACCAGUCAUGCUACAGCACUCACUCAACGAACAUCUGAUCGUCUCCUAGAACUAACGGAUUCAUCGCUUCCCGCAGUUGGUCAGCAAGAUCGACUAAGCGAUCGCGUGUGGCAUGCCCGUAAACCGGUUGUUUUGUGGGACGUGAAAAGAAAAGUACGCGCUGGCGAUCCACCGGAGAAAGUCCAGCCUAUUGUUCGACAACUCCUAGAGACACGAUUCAAUCGUUCAACUGUCGUUUACACCGAUGGUUCCAAAGACAGCAACGGUUCUACAGUAGGUGCCGCAUUCUUCAACAAUGGGAUUACGGGAACGUAUAGCCUUCCAAAAGAAUGUAGUGUUUUCUCUGCUGAGGCAUAUGCCCUUAAAAUGGCCGCUGCCAUUCGUAAAUUCAAUAAUGAACUAGUGAUUCUAACGGACUCUGCUAGCUGUCUGAUGGCGCUGGAGACUGGGAAGUCUCGACACCCUUGGAUACAGGAAGUGGAGCGAAUAGCUCAAAGCAAACCAAUACGAUUUUGUUGGAUUCCUGGACAUGCUGGAGUUAACGGUAACUCCGAAGCUGAACGACUAGCCUACGAGGCUAGAAGGCCAGAACCAUCAAUGUUGCGAUCCCUGCUGAGGAUGCGGUUAAAGCCAUUAAAAAAGCAAUACGCCGUCAAUGGGAUAACCAAUGGUUUGACUGCAGAGAAUCGAAGCUGA